GAUUUUUGGAUUCGUGCCCUUUUUUUUUCAUUUGCCAACGAAGCUGAACCGGGUGCCACUACAAGCAGCCCGGCGGCAGAGCUAGAAGCUCUGAUCGAGCGUUUAGAGAAAGUCACCUCGCGAUUGGAGAGGCUGCCAUUGUUGCGUGCGCACAGUCCUGUUCAGCCGAGCACGCCAGAGCCGUCGCUUGCGUCAGCACCUACCUCACUACCCCCAACGCUACCAGAGCUAGUCGAGUCAGACAGUAUGAGUGUCAACGGCUAUCAAGACCUAUUACAGGGUCCCCUACGGACGUACAUUGAGCUUUCCCAGAAGAUUGGCGGCGAUGUUGCUACUCAUGCCAACUUAGUGAACGCUGCUUUUCAGGCUCAGCUUCGUUAUAUUCAACAAGCGGCAAGUCGAAGCAAGCCAUCGCAGGCCGAGGAAAUGCAGUUGCUAGCGCCUACAAGCGAACAGAUCUCGGCUAUCCAACAGUUUAGGGAAAAAAAUCGGGCAUCGCCAUUUUUCAAUCAUCUCUCCGCUAUAUCUGAGAGUAUUCCAGCGCUCGGGUGGGUGGCCAUCGCUCCCACUCCAGCUCCUUAUGUAAAAGAGAUGAACGAUGCCGGCCAGUUCUACACGAACCGUGUGCUGAAGGACUGGAAAGAGAAGGAUAAGAGACACGUGGAGUGGUGCCGCGCUUGGGUACAGCUAUUGUCUGAUUUACAGGCGUACGUCAAACAAUACCAUACCACUGGACUCGUCUGGUCUGGUAAAGGAGGCGCCCCCCCUCCACCUCCACCGGGUGGCAUGCCCCCACCACCGCCUGUCUUGCCUGAGGUGGACUUCUCAAACAUGACUUUGGACGACCGCAGUGCACUUUUCGCCGAGAUCAACCAAGGAGAAAAUAUUACUAGCAAUCUGCGUAAGGUUACCUCGGAUAUGCAGACACAUAAGAACCCUCAGCUGCGUCAAGGACCAGCGCCCUUCAAGGCAGCACCACGCGGUGCCCCUAUGAAACAGUUGCCGCAACCCGGAGCUGGUACACUGCCUGAUAAACCACCCGUAUUCACGCGUGACGGGAAGAAGUGGCUCAUCGAAUAUCAAAAAGGCAACCCGAACUUGGUGGUGGAAAACGCGGACAUGAACAACGUUGUGUAUAUGUUCCGGUGCCGCGACUCUGCGCUCACGGUGCGCGGCAAAAUCAACGGCGUGGUGCUAGACUCGUGCACCAAAUGCGCCGUCGUGUUCGACAAUCUCGUGUCUAGCGUCGAGUUCGUCAACUGUCAGUCUGUGCAGAUGCAGGUACUGGGUAAAGUGCCCACAAUCUCCAUAGAUAAGACAGACGGUUGCCAGAUCUACUUGUCACCAGAGUCGCUGGGCGUGGAGAUAGUCAGCUCCAAGUCAUCGGAGAUGAACGUGUUGGUGCCUAAAGGCAAUGGCGAUUAUACUGAGCAUCCCAUACCGGAACAGUUCAAGACUGUGUUGAAGGGAGCGGCCGGGCUGACCACCACCCCGGUAGAGAACAAGGGCUAACCGCCCCACUCCAUAAAUACUUGCGCCCGGGAAUUCACAUUUGCUUAGAUAGUUUUUCUGGACUCCUAUGCAUGCUUUUCGUUCCGUCUUCGCUUCGAAGCAAAAACAAUUGUAGUUUAAAAACAGUAACACCAAAUUUGGGGGUGGUAUUUUUAAGAUCAAUUUGAAUUUCAGCGUACCGUAUAUUAUUAACGGUGUUAAAUAUACGUAAGUUAAAAAUCACUCCUCUCUUUCAUAUACUCAAUUUAUUUAUAUAUAAAGUAUAUAAUCCAAUACAGCAACACAUAUUACAAAUUAUCAAGUUUCUGCAAUCGAUUUUAAAAGUUCAAAUUAUAUAUAUCAACAUUUAAAAUCUAUUUGGAGAAAUUUAUCGGUUUUUUAAUUAAUUAAUGUGCUGUUGAUUGUACGAAGCGAAGACAGACACGAUUAUUAACGUAGAAGUUUAUAUUAACUCGCUUGCAUAUUCCAUCCAACCGUUUUCAUUCAAUUUCAGAUAUUAACAUUGAUUGUGAGCACGAUUGCGUGGAAUUUGCAAGCGCUUAGAAUUAAUUAAUAAUAAUUCGAGGCGAGUGUGUUUUUUAAAUUUACUGUUAAGAAAAAAUAUAUUUUGCACGGUCUAGUUCAAUAUUAGUCCACUGUUGCGGCUCGCCUCUCGUAUCUCGUUGGAAGCACAAAUUUUAUAAUUCGGCAACUGUAAUUGGCGUUCUGUUCUCGGGUUCGACGCCAUUUUGUCAUCGUUAACAUCUAAGGUACAUACGGUAAGGCCUGCUAUGUAAUAAGGCCUACCUUUAAAAUUUCGUUCUUACACACUUCUUUUCCUUCUUCAAUCUUUACUUACGUAUGCAUAACAUCAAUAAAUACGACAAGUUUUGCAUGUGUGAGUUAAACUUGAAAAGGGCUAGCAGCAAUUUAGAAUGAAAUUUUCUAAUGCAGACCAUAUUGCAACGCAUAUACCUUAUUAUACUUCGUUUCUGCUCAUUUCACUCGAUCUUAGUAUUUAAAAAAUGUAACUUUAAUAAUGACGUAGAGAUAACUAAUAUAUAACUCGUGUAUUUACAGGCCUUCAAAUCGUUUAUGUAAACAUGUUCCUUACAUACACGUUUUUUUGAGAUUUUUAAUUUUUGACAUUUCUUGAGUAUGCGCAACCUAUGGAGUACCAUAAGGUACGGGAUUAGUUAAGUUAGUUGUAAGGCGUGUGAUUGUCUCAAUUUUAAAAGAUUGCUUUCUCGACUCGCUGUCUGUAAUAUUUAAGUGAUUUUAUAAAACCCCUCUCGUCUUACAAGCGAGGUUCUCGAUCUUUUCUUAUGCUUAUUUCAUACUAACAAAUAACUUAUAAUACAUUUAUUCAUGUAAACAUUCAUUUAUUAUUAUAAUUAAUAGAAGUGUCUUAUUUUAUGAGAAUUAUUUUUGUCUUUUAUUGAUUUGAAGUAUUAAUUAGUCAAUUUCAUUUCGUAUUCCAAUAAUUGUAAUGUUAUUCGUGAUUUCUCUAAUAAGCAUUCUAAUUAUUUAUUAUGCAAAUUUUAUUUCGAUGAAUAUAAUAUUGUAUUACAGUUUUGCAUUUUGUUAAUUUAUUUGUCGAGAUAUUAAAGUAAUUUAU